AAACUGUGGAACUAUGCCUCAGUUGUCAAUGGGAGUGGUUAUUUAAUAUUUUAUUUAUAAGCCCAGCUUUCGUCCCAGAAACUCAGGGAAGUGUGCAUAGUUCCCCGCUCCUCAUUUGAUCCUCACAACAUCCCUGAGUAAGGGUUUGAACCUAGGAUUCCCGAAUCCUAGCCUGAUAUUCUGAUCACUGCACCAUGCAGAAAACACACUACUGAAAAUAAUUGCCUUUAUUUAAGUGUUUAUUUACUCUGUUCAUCUUGCUAUGCCUCGUGCAUAUUCAGGAUUGAAGCGGGGAAAACUAUUUUCUGGGUUAUUUCCUAGAUUCUCACAUAUUCUCCUACGAUAGCAUAGCAAAAAUACUAGACACUAUCCAGAGGUCAUUUCUUACCACCCUGAUAAUGAGAAGUGUCUACAGUAAUCAAAACAUUCAUAAACAUCCUGGUCUUAUUGCAACUGAAUUAAUAUUGGCUUCCCUUAUGUGUUCCUGGCUUACACUGAAAGGUCCCUAUGUCUCCGACUGGCAAAAUGUUACUAAGGAGGUGAAAAAAUGAGUUUCAAAUGCUAAUGAGCAAAUAAAAGUUCUGUCAACUCUUUCAGGAAGGAAACAAAAUUAAAGCUUUCCCUAAACACGAUCGCAGUUGACAAAAUGCUGGAUGUUUAGGUGCCAAUUAUAGCUCUUUCAGAAACUCUCAACUCUUGUCAUAACACAUGCCAUAAACAAGGACAGAUUUAGAGGUUCUUCAUGACAGUUAUGUGUAGGAUGUUGACAGUUGACUGUUAAAUUUCAAGUGCAGGGGAAAAUUUCCCUCCCUAUAGAUCUUCGCUUGUUUAUUAUGCAGGGUGUUUUCUUUGCGAGUUCAAUCAUACAUUCGCUGCCUCACGUUCUCAGCGCUUGACAUUUCCAUUUAACUCCCCCCCCCACCCCAUGACAAUCACUGAAGUGGAGAUGGAGGUAAAUGCAACCUCCAGUAUACUCAAGAGGGCUGUCAGGUGUCUGGUCCAAGUCCAGUUGAAAGAUAAAGAAUCCUAAUCAAGCAGGAGCCUAGAAUUUGUCCACCAACAGUUAAGCGGCUGGAGAACAGACUGACCAGGGGCACACUGGUCACUGUCUUCUGCACUAUGGUUGAAAUCACAGAGUUGCAUCAACUUGGAUGAGCUUAUAGAAAACCAAACUACAGUUGCUGUGAUUUGAGCUCUUCGUGUCAAAUGUUCAUCUCUCCAUCAACAACAAUGAGUUCCACAACACAACCAGAUGGAGUUUCGGGACGUGACCAGCUCUUGGCUCAGCAAAGAAUGCACAGCAUGAUCAGCUCAGUGGAUGUGAAGUCAGAAGUUCCUGUGGGAUUAGAACCUAUCACGCCAUUAGACCUGCGGACAGAUCUCAGGAUGAUGGUUCCCAUGGUGGACCCAAUGAUACGUGAAAAGCAGCUACAGCAGGAACUGCUCCUGAUCCAGCAGCAGCAGCAAAUUCAGAAACAGCUCCUUAUAGCAGAAUUUCAAAAGCAGCACGAGAACCUGACGCGACAGCACCAAGCUCAGAUCCAGGAACACAUAAAGUUACAACAGGAACUCUUAGCCAUCAAGCAACAGCAAGAACUCAUUGAGAAAGAGCAGAAACUGGAGCAACAAAGGCAAGAACAGGAACUGGAAAGGCACCACAGGGAGCAGCUUCCUCCACUCAGAAGCAAAGAAAGAAGCCGCGAAAGAGCAGUGGCCAGUACAGAAGUGAAGCAGAAACUUCAAGAGUUUUUAUUGAGCAAAUCUGCAACGAAAGACUCUCCAGCCAAUGGGAAGAACCAUUCCGUUAGCCGGCACCCCAAGCUCUGGUACACGGCUGCCCACCAUACCUCUUUGGAUCAAAGUUCUCCUCCCCUUAGUGGAACGUCCCCUUCCUACAAAUACACGUUACCAGGAGCACAAGAGGCCAGGGAUGAUUUCCCGCUUCGAAAAACCGCCUCUGAGCCCAACUUAAAAGUUCGCUCCAGAUUAAAACAAAAGGUGACGGAAAGGAGAAGCAGCCCUUUACUCAGGAGAAAGGAUGGAACCGUUGUCUGCUCCUUCAAGAAAAGAUUGUUUGAGGUGACAGAAUCAUCAGUCAGUAGCAGUUCACCAGUUUCAGGUCCCAGUUCACCAAGUAAUGCCCCUGCUGGGAAUACAGAGAACGACACCUCAGUGCUGCCAAUGAAUUCCCAAGCGGAGCAUUUGGUUCCACCACAACGCAUUUGCAUCAGUGAAGAAUCAAUGAACCUUUUGAGUCUCUACACAUCCCCUUCUUUGCCCAACAUCACUUUGGGACUUCCAGCCGUGCAACCACAACUCAGUGCAUCAGCGCCAUUCAAAGAAAAACAGAAGUGUGAGACCCAGACAAUCAGGCAAGGAGUAGUUUUGCCAGGACAGUACAGAGGAAGCAUCUCUUCACCUUCUGCCCCUCAGCCAAUUGUCCUAGAAGGAAAGCCUAACAGUAGCCACCAAGCUCUCCUCCAGCAUUUAUUACUGAAGGAACAAAUGAGGCAGCAGAAACUCCUGGCUCCAGGAGGGGUGCCUCUUCAUCCUCAGUCUCCACUGGCAACAAAAGAAAGAGUCUCACCUGGCUUAAGAGUUGCACAUAAGUUACCUAGACACAGGCCACUAAAUCGGACCCAAUCCGCUCCGCUUCCUCAGAGCACCUUGGCACAACUUGUUAUUCAGCAACAGCAUCAGCAAUUUCUGGAGAAGCAAAAACAGUAUCAGCAACAGAUCCACAUGAACAAAAUACUUUCUAAAUCUAUUGAACAGUUAAAACAGCCCGGCAGCCUUGAAGAAGCCGAGGAAGAGCUUCAUGGAGAACAUUUGAUGCAGGAAGAAAGAGCGCCCUCUCUUGGUAGCAGCAUUAGGGAUGACAGCAGUAGCAUUUCUUCGGACGACAGACUGGGGCAGCCUUUAGGGGCUGUGAAGGUGAAAGAGGAACCACGGGACAGUGAUGAUGAUAUUCAAAGUCAGCAAAUGGAAUCUGGGGAGAAAGCUGCUUUUGUGCAACAGCAGAUCCUGGAGCGCCGGCGAAUCCAGCAGUUGCAAAUGUACCAGGCUCAGAUGGCUGCAGUUGGCAUGGCGCAAUUGGACAGACGCCAGCCCAUUGCCAGGACACAGUCUUCCCCAGCGACUCCUGCAUUACCUCACCCAGCGGUGGAUCAGCCUGUAGCUCAUAGCUUCAUGACUGGUGUUGCGUACGACACGCUAAUGUUGAAGCACCAGUGCAUGUGUGGAAAUUACAGCAACCACCCUGAGCACGCUGGGAGAAUACAAAGCAUCUGGUCGAGGCUGCAAGAAAGUGGCUUGCUAAACAAGUGUGAGCGGAUCCGAGGUCGAAAAGCCAGUCUGGAAGAAAUACAGCUGGUUCACUCUGAACAUCAUUCACUGCUGUAUGGCACCAGCCCCCUGAACAGACAGAAGCUGGACCCCAGGAAAAUCCUAGGUAGUGUGCCUCAGAAACUAUUUUCGUUGUUGCCCUGCGGAGGCCUUGGGGUGGACAGUGACACCAUUUGGAAUGAGCUGCAUUCGUCCGGUGCUGCACGCAUGGCUGUUGGCUGUGUCAUCGAAUUGGCUUCCAAAGUGGCCUCAGGAGAGCUGAAGAAUGGUUUUGCUGUUGUAAGGCCCCCAGGCCAUCAUGCUGAAGAAUCAACAGCCAUGGGGUUCUGCUUUUUUAAUUCGGUUGCAAUUACUGCCAAAUACUUGAGAGACAAGCUAAAUAUAGGCAAGAUAUUGAUUGUAGAUCUGGAUGUUCACCAUGGCAACGGUACACAGCAGGCUUUUUAUGCUGACCCCAGCAUCCUGUAUGUCUCUCUCCAUCGCUAUGAUGAAGGCAACUUCUUCCCUGGCAGCGGAGCCCCAAAUGAGGUUGGAAGUGGCCCUGGCGAAGGUUAUAAUAUAAAUAUUGCUUGGACAGGUGGCUUGGAUCCCCCCAUGGGAGACGCAGAGUACCUCACAGCAUACAGGACUGUGAUUAUGCCCAUCGCCUCUGAGUUCGAGCCCGACUUUGUCUUAGUAUCGGCUGGCUUUGAUGCCGUGGAAGGCCACGACCCUCCUCUAGGCGGGUACAAACUGACAGCUAAAUGUUUCGGUCACCUCAUCCAACAGUUGUUGACGCUCGCAGGUGGUCGCAUGGUACUGGUCUUGGAGGGAGGACAUGACCUUACUGCCAUCUGUGAUGCCUCAGAAGCCUGUCUAAAUGCCCUACUCGGAAAUGAGCUGGAGCCCCUGUCCGAGGACAUCCUCCACCGAACCCCAAACUUAAACGCUAUGGCUUCUUUGCAAAAGAUCACCAAAAUUCAUAGCAAGUACUGGAAGUCUGUGGAGCCUUACGUUGUGCCAGUUAGUUGUAAGCUGGCUGAGACUCAGAAACAAGAAACAGAGGAGACAGAGGCAGUCUCAGCUAUGGCCUUACUCUCGGUGGAUGUGGACCAGCCUUUUUCACAUGAACAUGCCAGAGCUGCCGGCGAGCCUAUGGAAGAAGAGCCAGCCUUGUGAAAUGCCAAGUUCUCUCUGAUAUUUCCUGUGUGUGACAUCAUUGUGUAUUUCCCCCUCCUCUUACCCCAAAAAAGCACCCUUAGACAUGUCUUGUCUGCUGCUUGGGUGGCAGAGAUCAGAUGGAGCAUAAACACUGGGCACAGAAUUCUGAACAGCAGCUUCACUUGUUCGUUGGAUGGACUUAAAAGGCUCUUCCGAGACUCCUUCGAUGUAACCGCUGCCAUUCUAAAGUUACAGGGAACCAGAGCUUGCAAAGCGAGCCUGAGCCUAGAGCCUGCUUUCGUGUGCUGUGUGAUCCACUUGCCGACCUAAAUGGUAGAAUAGAAACAUUAAAGCAAUUCUACAUUCUCAGCUAUGGUUGCUGAGGGAAAUUGAAAGCAGCCUGAGAAACAUCAAGGGGAGGAACAAAAUAGUGUCACAAAUCCCACCGCUUCUGACAUUUUGAACAUGUCUUACUGGAUCGGGUUUUGUUUUUCUUCACAUUGUCAAAAGAGUCGAUAGGAUUGGUUUAAUGCUCCCGGUGUAAUGAAACAGUGGGCCGUUCCUCUGUAGUGCCAUUUUUUAAAUGCUGAGUCAGGAGGACUCAGCCGAAAGAGAGCUCUGCUCCACUGCUUUUCAGCUGUCCCCUAAUGAAAUGUGCAACAUUGCUCUUUUGAGU